ACGGUGAACGCGCGCGCGCGCCAAACUUUCGCGCUUUCUCACCUGCCGUGCGGUAGGUGCAGCGAUCUCUCCUCGACAAUGGUGAGGUCAAGUAUUCUUUGGGACCCCUACUGCCUGGCGUACCUGAGUUGGGAGGACAUAGAGGCACUCAUGCUGCGGGAGAAAGAACCGCCGCGGCGUCGGGUGUAUGCAUCGCGAGGUGGCCUACUGAACCUGGACUCAAUGUCGAGCCACUGUUUUCGACGACAGUUUCGAUUCGAAAAAGCUGACUUUCCAGUGCUCGUGCGUGCCCUGAAGAUGCCGCAGUACAUCACUAGUGCCCAAGGAGUGAGGGUAACGGCCACAGAAGCCCUAUGCAUAUGUCUCCGGAGGCUUGCCUAUCCAAACAGGCUGUGUGACCUGCAAGAAUACUUUGGACGUCACUAUUCUGUGGUGUCGAGCGUAUCGAACAAAGUACUCUACCACAUCGAAAAGAACUUCGGUUGCCUCCUGAGCAAUAUGACCAUUCACCCGUGGCUCAAACAUUCGGACUUGGAAGCUAUGAGCGAGGCUGUUCAUCGUAAAGGUGCUCCUCUGAGCAACUGCUGGGCGUUUAUCGACGGUACAGCGCGCCCCAUAUGCCGACCCUCGCAAGACCAGCGCCUCUACUUUUCCGGUCUUUGA